AUGUUCAAAAAAAAGAAGAAACAAAGAAAGAAGAAAAAUAAAUCAAAUGACAAAACCGAACCCUCCAAGUCCUGUUACGGCGCGCAACAACUACUGCAUCAACAUUCGAACGGGCAACUACAACAAAAACAACCCGACGACGUUUCUUCUAAAAUCGAUGGCAUGGAAAACUGGCUUGAUCUGCGCAUCCCUAAUCCAAUUCUUCGAUGCCUGAAAGAGUUAGGCUUCACUAAUCCGACACCCAUUCAGUCACGGGUUCUUCCAUCGGCCAUUGAAGAUAAGAUGGACAUAAUCGGGGCUGCCGAAACUGGUAGUGGUAAAACCUUGGCAUUUGCCAUCCCCAUCGUCACGCACAUACUGAACCUAAAUGCAGAUGAUGACGACGACGAUGAUGAUGAUGAUGUUGAUACAAUCAAUAACAAUAAUGAUACAGACGUUGAUGAAGAGAGCCAAAGAGAUACUCUAGACGUAGAUGAUAUCAAUGAUGAAGAAGAUGAUGAUGAUGAUGAAGUGUUGGGAAAAAUGCAUAAUGAUGAUAAAAAUGAUCAUCAUCACCCUCAUCACUAUCAUCAUCAUCAUCACAAUAAACCAAUGUAUGCACUGGUAAUAACGCCGACAAGAGAGUUAGCCAUACAGAUUAGAGAGCAUAUUGAUAAUGUCACCAAAUAUACAGAUGUUAAGUGUUUAGCCAUCGUGGGGGGUAUGUCCAUCGAGAGGCAAAACCGUCUGCUGAAAAAAUUCUCACCCCAGAUCGUCGUUGCCACACCCGGAAGAUUCUGGGAGCUUGUGCAGCAGAAAUGUCCACAUCUGAGCCAUGUGAAAGAUUUGAGGUUUUUGGUAAUCGACGAGGCAGAUAGAAUGAUCGAAAAGAACCAUUUUGAAGAAUUGGAAAAAAUUAUGAACUACAUCAAUCUAAACUUAUGCUCGCCGUUGAGAAGGCAGAACUUCGUCUUCUCUGCUACCUUGACAUUCAUCCAUAAGACCCCUUAUAGAUUUGAUGUGGGUAAGAAGAAGAAGAUGAAAGAACUGACACUGGAAGAUAAAUUGGCAUCUCUGCAACGCAAACUCCACAUGUCCAGUAAGCCAGAGGUGGUUGACCUGACGGGUGGGCAAAAAAUGACGGCCCAGAAACUCACGGAACUCAAGGUGAACUGCACCUACCAAGAGAAGGAUUUAUACCUGUAUUACUUUCUGAAAAAUAACAAGGGCCGAACCCUGGUUUUUGCAAACAGUAAAGAUUGCAUUAGGAGGUUGACCUCUUUGCUGGCUAUGCUACAUUGUAAGCCAUUGCCACUGCAUGCCGACAUGCACCAGAAGCAGAGGUUAAAGAAUUUGGAUCGGUUCAAAGAAAAUGAGAGAGGCUUAUUGUUAGCUACUGAUGUCGCGGCCAGGGGUUUAGAUAUCCCAAACGUUAAGCAUGUCAUUCACUAUCAGGUUCCCCGGACUACUGAGAACUACGUGCAUAGGUCGGGGCGGACAGCCCGAUCGAACACAGCUGGCAUCAGUUUGGCUCUGGUGUGCCCAGAAGAGGUCAAACUGUUCAACGGCAUACAGGCUGCUUUAAAAAGGGGUAUAAUUAAAUUUUUCAAUGAAAUUAUGUGUAAAUGGAUGAAUGGAUUAGUGAAUGAGUGA